GUUACCGGAAAUGAGCAUUUGUUUUGGCGGUCGUGGAUAAGUUGUAGGUUAUUUAUCCGCUAACCUAUUUUUAUUCCAAACUUCAGAACUAAAAAAAUCGUGUUGUUGAUAACGAAUUUUUAUUUACGUGCGUUAAUUACCGAAUAAUUAAAUUAUACUCACGGUCUGUAUAAAUUUCAAAUAGUGAUUUUAUGUGUAGACUUAACGAAGGUUUCUGUGUAACAGCGGCCAUUUGCCACCAACGAAGUGAAGGUCGACGUUAGCCUAUCGCAAAGCUUGGUUAGGUUGUCAAAAUCAUAUAAUUUUUAACAUUUAAAUAAUGCUUCUUAUAACUUAACGUUAAAAUGGAAGAAUCAUUUGACUUAACAUGGGAGGAUUCAUCCACAGUAGUACAAACCGAAGAGGUAAUUUGUGGUAUAGAAAAUGAAAUCCUCCCAUCGGAAAAUGUCGAAUUCACUGGAGUUCAAGAAGAGACAGUUACAGAUGAAGUUAUAGAAAUACAAGAAAAAGAGGAAGUCAUUGAAUUACCGGAUAUACAAGAAACACAGGAAGUGCAAGAAAAUGUUGAUCAUGGUAUUAUGUACCUACCAGAUGGUAAUAUGCUUGUAGUUAAUGAUCAAGGCAGAAGUGAUUAUCAAGGACAGAUAAUGGAUUGUCAAGUUUCUGAAGAGAUCAUUACUGGGGAAUGGGGGGAAAGUUGUGCAGAAGAAAUUGUUGUGGGUUCUGAAGAAGCAGUAGGUACAGAAGACGGUAACCGGGAAGAUUUCGAUAUACCUCUACCGACUGACCAAGACGAAUAUACAGCAGCCAGACCUUACCCUUGCGAUUUUUGCAGUAGGAGAUUCAGGAAAAAAGCUAAUCUCAUGAAUCACAUGGUGGCACAUCAAACUGAUAGACCUCACGGUUGCAAUUUGUGUGGUGUUCGGUAUAUAAGAAAAUGCGAUUUAAUGAACCAUCUCAAGAUUCAUGCUUAUAUACCAGACGCAGACGGUUUAGAAGAACAAAAUAUUCAACCGAUGGACGAAAUGAUGGAUGAUAAUACAGAUAAAAAGAAAAAAACUAAACAGAUUAAGAAAAAGAAGAAAAUCAAAGAGGAAUAUGAUCAAUACGAAGAUGAUUUAGGGGCGUCCAGUUCUCGCGGUUACAAUUACGUCGAAGAAGACGUAAAACUGAUGGAACAAAUGUCUAAUAACAUAAAACACGAUUACGAUUAUAUACACGAAGAAGAAGAAGAAGUGCAACAACCUAGUGAAUCCCGUUACCCCAUUACGGAUCCUAGAAAACCGUUCGUUUGUCAACAUUGCGGCGUAGGAUUCGCUAGAGAGAAAGCCAUGAUGUCCCAUCUUAGGAUGCAUUCGGAAGGCGACAGUCCUUUCGAAUGUCAAAGAUGCGGCGAGAUGUUUUGGGACUUGAUUCAAAUGAAGGAACACGCCAAAGAGAAACACGGCGACGUCGAAGGCUUCGAUGACGACGAAGACGACGACGACGAUUAUUCCGAAGAGGAUACCAAAUACGGAACGUAUUAUUGUUCGACGUGCGGCUUAUCAUUUCACAGACAAGAUAAUCUUCGAAGACAUCAAAGGAUACACGUCAAAGAGGAAUUCGUCAACGAACACGAAUUCGGUCACAUCUGCAACGUGUGCGGGGAAUCCUUUCAGGAAGCUUUGGAUUUGUUGGCGCACGCCGAAGUACACGCCAGGACACUCGAGUAUAGGUGUAUGAUUUGCGGAGAAUUGGCAGAGGAUGAGCACGUUUUGGCGGUUCACGUACAGGCUAAACACGGUAAAAAUCUACCGCCAAAUACUUGUAUGUUGUGCGGAAGGUCCUGCAAAGACCGUAGGACCUUACUUAAACACUCCUGGGAACAUUCUAAAGAAAAGAUAUUCGCUUGUACGAAAUGCGACAAAACUUUUCAUAAUAAAGCUCGAUUGAAACGUCACAUGUUAUCGCACAGAAACAAAGUGGUAACGUGCGACGUGUGCGGCGAAGAUUUCCCCGACGGUCGUUCGUUGAUGAAUCACCGACACAGUCACAGCAACGUUUCCGGUAGGCAAUUUCCUUGCAGGGAAUGCGGUAAAACGUUCGGUUCGAGAAGUUCCCAACAAAUACACAUCAGAAUACAUACGGGCGAACGACCGUACGGUUGUAGAUUUUGUUGGAAAGCUUUCGCCGAUGGCGGUACGUUACGCAAACACGAACGCAUACAUACUGGCGAGAAACCGUACGCGUGCGCCGUUUGUCCUCGAGCUUUUAAUCAACGCGUCGUAUUAAGGGAACACAUAAGAUCCCAUCAUUCCGGUCCCGAUCCGAAAUAUUCCAAUAGUAUGACGCCGUAUUGUUGUUCGGUUUGUUCGGAUAUGUUCACCACUUCGCAAGAUUUGAUAUUACAUUUGAUACAUCAUUGCGAUAUGAAUACAGCGAUGAAACGUCAACCUCAAAUCGGUCCUAGGAAAUAUAAAAGGAGAAGGAAAUUGAAACCGCACGAAUUGGAAUUGAUAACUAGAGUUGAAGAAGGGGAUAACGAUCAGUCAGAAGAUUUAGGCGAUAAUUAUACCGAUUCGGAAGAGGAAAAAGAAAGAAAAAGAAGAUAUAUAAGAAAACAACAGCCGACGAAAAAGUCGCAAUCGCCGGAAUCUUCGAAAGAAAUAGUUCCUGAUACUUACGCCGAAUUAUAUAAUAGCGUUUCGUCGACCAUAGAAAAUAUCAAUUCUUUGGUAAAUUCGAAAUCGUCAACACCGAAGGCGAAACAGCAAAUGAAGAAAUUGAAAACAGAUCAAUCGAUACCGAGCCGACCGAAAAUGAUACACACGCAAAAGACGCGCGUGCCAGUUGAAGCCGGCGAAGACGGUCGCGUAAGACACAAGACGAAAACUCUAAUCACCAGAACCCAACCGGCGGAAAUAAAAUCGGCUACUGGUGAACGUAUUCGUCCCCGAACGAAAAACGUCAACUAUCACGUUCUGCAAGAGAAAUUUCCCGUCGCGACAUUCGGCGACGUCGCCACCGAUAAAGAUACCACCCAAGAAGCCGUCGAUAAUCUAUUGAAACAAGAAAACGUUAUAGUCCAACCGGAACACGUUAUAGAGGAAACCGCAACGCCGCAACACAAUAACGGAGUCAUAUACAUGGAUCAAUUCGAACAUCCGACAGAAGUCGGCGCCGAACAGACCGUCGAAAGCGAAACGGUUCCGCCUCCACCGGUCGCACAGGAACCGGAAAGAUUUUACGAAAUACGGAGAGUAACGACGAGAUCGAGGAGUGGGAAUCUUGGUAACAGUAAUAGUUUGAAACCGGGUAGGCACGUCAUCGGACCCGGAAGUAAAGUGAGACUCGUCAAAGAAGGUAUGAUAGUAUCGAAGGCUCGUAACAAAAAAUCCGAAUCGGAAAACGAAUCGCCGGCGGAUCAGAUCCAAUUACAACAACCGGUGAAACAAGAAAUAUUAGAUCCGAGUCCGUUGCACGAAUUGGCCGAAAUAUCGAUGCAACACGCCAACGCGACUUCGCAGAGUCUUUUUAAAUGCGAAAUGUGUAGCGAAGUGUUUACAGAUAGGGCUCAAUUACUCGUCCACGUACCGAUACACAUUUGAUGUUAGGCGUAACGCAAAAAAAAUUGGGAGACGAUAUGUUGGGUAGCGUAUCCAUCAAAAAUUUUUUUAUAAAUAUGGAAAUUAGGAUAAAAAGCACCAUGAUAUGUAUAUAUACAUAUUUAAAUUGGAAUUAAGUCUGCCGGCUAUAGAUUAAGAGCGUUUUUGUAGUGGGAUUGUCUCAAAAUUAAACAUCGAACUGUACUAACCCUAAUAUAUUCCGAGCCUUCGAAUACUUAUGUAUUCUUCAUCUUCUGGGAAUUAAUUAAUUAAAAAUUUCGUUGUUUCCUUUAAAACAUAUUAAAUUCGUUGUUUCCUUUAAAACAUAUUAAAUUCGUUGAUUUCAAACAACAAUAUUCGAAUUCAAUCGUUGAAUUUAAUAUUUUUUAAGGAAAACAACGAAAUUUCUAAUUAAUUAAUACUCAGACGAUGAAGAAUACAUAGGUAAUCGGAAGCUGGGAAUAUAUUAGAGUUAGUACACUUCCGUGUUUAAUUUUGCCACAAUCACACUACGAAAACGCUUAUAAUCUAGUUGGCAAAGACUUCCUUCUAAUUCAUAUACAUAUUUUUAAAAUUAUUUUGUUGAUAUUUCUUGUUUCUUUUUUCAAAAAAAUAUAUAUGAAAUUGCGUUAUGUACAGCAGCGUAUUUUUAUUUUUUUUGUUCUAAUUAGUUUGGUGUCUAGAUUAUAUUAUACGAAAUUAAAGUUUUAGAACAUUACAUUCGUCUUUUUUUAUACCACCCUGUAAUAUAUAUACAUAUUUUCAAAAUAUUCUAAAAUCGAACCACCCUAUAAGAGUUUCAUUAUUAUUCGUAAUUAAAAUGAUUUUUGACUCACCUUAUUUAAAAAGAAAUUAUAACUCAUUAGAUUUGAUCGGUGUUGAUAAUAAAAAAUUUAAAAAACGACGAAAAAUUUCCGAUUUCACUUUAGUUUCAAAAAAAAAAUUUCAACUGAAUUAUAAAUAUAAGCUCUAAAACAUUCCGAACGACGUUGAUCUAUGGACAACUGUCAUUAAGUUGGCGUCUUCACGUUCUUCUAUUUCCUUGAUACAUAUUCAUUUGAACUAUAUAUCGUUAUAAUUCUUCUUUUUUAUAUAGUAAGUCUACUACUUUACUUGAAAGAAAAAGACCAAACUAACCUAUCAUUAAUAUUAUAUUACCAGGAGCGUAACAUAUUUUCUUAUAAAUCAAAAUCAGGAUUAAAAUUAUUUAUAUAAUUCUAUCGUUGUCUAUACAGGGUGAUAUUUUUAUAUUGUUCGUUAUUAUAUACAAGGUGGUAUUAUAUAGUUUUUAAUUCAAAAAUUUUGUUCUAAUAUUUUUGUAAAUAGAAUUCGCUUCCCAUAUAUAUUGUCUCUUUAUUUUUAAAUUACGUAUACAGUGUUUUCCGAAAAGUUUAAAAAAAUCUAUGACACUACAUGUUUAGAUGAUUGUAAAUCGAGUUGUCACGACGUAUUCUGGACCUUAUAUCGUUCGAAAUUUUCAUUUUACUAUAAACGAUAAAUAAAAUGAUAUAAAUGGGGGUUUGAAAAUACGUUUUUUUUAUUAAAAUAGUGCCUAAAACUCGAUAAUAUUGAAAUAGGGAAAAGAAGUUUAUUUGAACUCUUAUAAACUAUCACAAUACAUAAUGACGUUUUGUGAUCGAACUACUAGUUUUGUGAGACUUUCUUGUGAUAUCUUAAGGGCGGUUUAAUGUUUUCUUAAGGGAUACCUUCUACUGUACUUGGAGUACCAUAUUUCAGGUGUUAUUUUUUUUUUUUAGAAGAAACGAGUAAAGCUAUUCACUUUGGUUUUUUUCCUUUUACCGUUUGGAACUUAGUUUUCGGGAAACCCUUUAUAUGAAUAUUGUAUAUUUUAUAUAUUUAAUUUUAAUUGUAGAAACCUGGUAGAGAACGCUUCGUGUUUAUAUAUAUAU